UAAUGAACUUCCCAAUUACCGGGAAAACAUAUAUAUAUAUAUAGAUAGAUAGAGAGAGAGUGAGAGUGAGAGAGAGUAGAGUUGCAUAACUCUUACAUUAAUAAGAGAGUCUGAAGGAGAGUGAGUAGGAGAGGAAUAUGGAUUACUUUACACUUGUGUUUGGAUCAAUUUUUGCUUGCAUUUUUCUUCUUUUUCUAUCAAAAAGAAACAAAAAGCUUCCACCAGGGCCAUUACAACUGCCAAUAAUAGGAAAUUUAUUUCAUUUAUUAGGUGCAAAACCUCAUAUAUCACUAGCCAAUCUUGCCAAAAUCUAUGGUCCAAUUAUGAGUUUAAAACUUGGCCAAAUAACCACAAUUGUCAUUUCUUCAUCAACCAUGGCAAAACAAGUCCUUCAAAAUCAAGAUCAAGCAUUUUCCAAUAGAUUUAUCCCUAAUGCACUUCAAGCACACAACUAUUCCAAAUUCUCAGUGACGUGGCUCCCCGUUAAUCCGACGUGGCGAACCCUUCGACGAAUCUUGAACUCCAACAUCCUCUCACUCACUAAACUUGAUUCAAAUCAACACUUAAGAUCACAAAAGGUACAACAGUUGGUUGAUUAUGUUGCAAAAUGUAGUCAAGAAGGUGAAGCUGUGAUCAUUGGCAAAGCUGCUUUCAAGACCUCUCUCAAUUUCUUGUCCAAUAUUCUCUUCUCUAAGGACUUGGUUGACCCUUUUUUUGAUUCAAAGGUAGAGUUGAAGGACGUGAUUUGGAACAUCUUGGCCGAGGCUGGGAAGCCUAACCUAGUGGAUUUUUUUCCCAUACUUGAAAACAUUGAUCCUCAACGAAUUAGGCGUAACACAGACAUUCAUUUCAAUAAGUUGUUUGUGCUUUUCGAUGAUUUGAUCAACGAGCGAUUGGAGGAAAAGAGGAGCAGAAGUAUAAAGAAUGAUGUUUUGGAAGUGUUUCUCAAAAUUAGAGAAGAAAAUUCGGAAGAAAUCGAUCAGAAUCACAUCAAUUCCUUGCUCCUGGACAUAUUCAUUGGCGGUACUAAUACGACGACAAGUACAGUGGAAUGGGCAAUGGCAGAAAUACUUAGACAACCUGAGAUUAUGAAGAAAGUCCAAGCUGAGCUUGCAGAAGUCGUUGGAAAAGGAAAACCAAUAAAAGAAGAUGAUGUUUCUCGACUCCCCUACUUGCAAUGUAUUGUCAAAGAAACCUUAAGAAUGCACCCACCAGUUCCUUUCUUACUCCCACGCAAAGUAGAGCAAGAUGUUGAAUUGUGUGAUUACAUCAUCCCGAAGGGCUCACAAGUACUAGUUAAUGUGUGGGCAAUCAGUCGAGACUCAGCUUUGUGGGAGGAGCCACUAGUGUUUAAACCUGAGAGGUUCUGGAGUUCAGAAUUGGACGUGCGAGGCAAAGAUUUUGAAUUGAUUCCAUUUGGUGCUGGGCGAAGAAUAUGCCCUGGCUUACCUCUGGCAGCAUCGAGAAUGGUUCCAGUAAUGGUAGGCUCACUCUUGAAUUCCUUCAAUUGGAAACUUGAAGAAGGCAUUAAGCCAGAAGAACUAGACAUGGAGGAGAAGUUUGGUAUCACUUUAGCCAAGGCCUGUCCUUUGCGAGCUAUCGCAUAUCCUAUUUGAUAGUACAAAGGAUCAGGAGGCGGAGCUAUAGUGAUAGCUAUAUGUUCGACAGUAUAGCUUUGGCUCAAACUCUAUAUUAAAAAUUCCACUUGAUAUGUACUAUAAUAAUUUAUCUGGAACUAGUCUGAUGUCUUUUUUAGAAUCCAAAACUCAUAAACUCAAAAUCUUAGAUGCGUCUCUGCAUAAGAUAUAUUCAAGUUUUGUAUUACUAUCAUUUAGUGAUUUGCAAUUUUCUCUAAAAGAAUAAGGGAAUAAGAAUAAAAGGAUUACAUGAUGAUGAAAAA